AUGACAAAACUUGAAGAAAUGAUGGCGUUUCAGAUACGCAUUGUUGAUCACUUCUUUGUCUAUUCUUCCAAAGCCAUAACCAAAGAGGGGGAGACAGAGUCUGAAGCUGCGGCCGCUAUGGCUCCUAUUGUCCCAGCGACUCAUGCUGAAGCUGAAGCUCCUAGAACUGAAGUUAAAGUUGAUGUCGUGAAUGAAAAUCCAACUUCUCAUGAAGUUCCUGUAGCUGAGGAUGUUGAUGUCGUCCUAGCUAGUGCUGAAGUUCAUGACAAAGAUAUUUCAAUCACCUCUGUAGCUAAUGCUGGUGAUAUGGAAGAUGAUGAUGAAGAUGAAGACGGUGAAUCUCUCAAUCUUCCUGAUGCUGGUGAAGAUCUGGAUGAUGAUGAUGAUGAUGAUGAAGACGACGAUGAUAACGACUUCACCAUACAGUACCAGAGACCUGCCAAUACAACAAAAGGCGUCGAUCUCAAGGAUUCUGCAUCCCAGGGGGAGCAAGGGGAGAAAUAG